AUGCAGCUGUUCAGGGUGCUGCGUCUCCUCUGGAUGCUCAGGGCCUUCCUGGGGUCCACAGGAACUUCAGCCACGGCCACAUCCACCUCUAAUGAGCUCUGGCGCGCUGCUCUGAGGAAUCCCACACACUCCAAAGGCACAGCAAAGUGGCCACUGAACAGCCCCCAAACUUCUCCCAUUCCUGAUGCGAGGGAAAACAUACCCAAGACUGUCAGCACCUCCCCCCACUCGAAAUCCCUGUCUGAAACAGUGCUCAAAUCACCCAUCAGUUCCAACCCCCCAACAAGCCCCACGUCCAAGUUUGUCUUCAAGGUUGAAACCAGCCCCCCUACCAUGAUCGUCUAUAAGGGCUCGACAGAGUGCGUCAAUCCGACGAGCCUCAUAAUCACCACCACUUACCCCACCACCACCUGUGUGAGCCAGACCCAGGUGUCCUUCCCCAGCUCUCACACCAUCACCCCUGGGACAGAGACACCACGGACAACCAUCAGCAGUACUUUUCCCGUGUCAACGACCAAGAGAGUCACCUCCGCCAUGACCCGUCCCCCCCCAGUCACCAUUGCAGGGAAAACUCCCACAACCACGGCCCCACCCUCCUCCUUUGUCCCAACUAUAAACACAACCCCAGAUACUCUGAUCUCCUCUAUGACUGCCUCACACACGACUGGGGCGGCUAGCACCCUCCGGGUGACCACACCCAUGCCCACAGCACCGCCCAGCGCUCCGGUCCUCACCUCGUCCACCAUCUACUCCAGCGGGAGCACCCUCACUUCCGCCUUCACCUCACCCCUCCCGGCCUCCGCCCCGCUGCACACAUCCACGACUCUCCCUCCCUCCUCGGUCAGGGCCAUUGACCCGCCUCCGCCUCCACCGCCGAACACCAACCCUCUGCCCACCGACAUGACCACACUCCCACCACCACACCACUGGCCGGCCCUCGCCUCCCGCCAGCACGCCCACCGGGUCCAGCACCCACCGCCCAGCGCUCCGGUCCUCACCUCGUCCACCAUCUACUCCAGCGGGAGCACCCUCACUUCCGCCUUCACCUCACCCCUCCCGGCCUCCGCCCCGCUGCAAACAUCCACGACUCUCCCUCCCUCCUCGGUCAGGACGCGAGCCCCCAGCUCCACGCCCGCCACCACCGAGGCCACAUCCACCGGCACGCCCACCGUGUCCAGCACGCAGGUCGCCACUCCCAGGGACACCGCAGCCCCGGCCACCUCCCUCACGGCCACUCUGCCCUCUGCCGCCGCGGCACACACCACCGGGGCGGCUAGCACCCUCCGGGUGACCACACCCAUGCCCACAGCACCGCCCAGCGCUCCAGUCCUCACCUCGUCCACCAUCUACUCCAGCGGGAGCACCCUCACUUCCGCCUUCACCUCACCCCUCCCCGGCCUCCGCCUCCCGCUGCAACACAUCCACGACUCUCCCUCCCUCCUCGCACGGCGACUCCCCUUCGGCUCCGGCACCAUCCCCGCCACAUCGCUAGGCGCUCCUCUCCCCGGCCUCCGGCAGUACCAGGGCCCACCACCGCACACACAGCACCUUCCCUGUCCAGGCAACCUCGGCCAGCACGCCGGCCGCCACCUCCAUCUUCACCACUCCCCGCAGCACGGCGACUCCCUUCGGCUCCGGCACCAUCCCCGCCACAUCGCUAGGCGCCUCCUCCCCGGCCUCCGGCAGUACCAGGGCCAGUACCACUCCGGCCGAGGCGGCCAGCCCCACCUGCCCCGAGCACCAGUGGGGCCGCCCCCGCACCCCACCACCACGGCGACUCCUCCCAGUCACGCCUCUAGCCAGCCUGUCGCCACGGAGGUGCCCUCUCCGCCGUCCGUCACAUCCUCCGCCACGCCCAGCAGCACACUCUAUGCUCCCGCGUCCACCACCUCCACUCCCGUGGCCACCAACAGCCCGACCUCGUCCACGGGGGUGCACCCUCGGGUGACCACACCCAUGCCCACAGCACCGCCCAGCGCUCCGGUCCUCACCUCGUCCACCAUCUACUCCAGCGGGAGCACCCUCACUUCCGCCUUCACCUCCCCUCCGGCCUCCGCCCCGCUGCACACAUCCACGACUCUCCCUCCCUCCUCGGUCCACGCCCACCGGGUCCAGCACGCAGGUCGCCACUCCCAGGACACCGCAGCCCGGCACCUCCCUCACGGCCACUCGCCCUCUGCCGCCGCGGCACACACCACCGGAGCCCGCCUCCGCCUCCACCCCGAACACCAGCCCUCUGCCACCGACAUGACCACACUCCCCACCACCACACCACUGCCGGCCCUCGCCUCCCGCCAGCACGCCCACCGGGUCCAGCACGCAGCACGGCGACUCCCUUCGGUCCGGCACCAUCCCCGCCACAUCGCUAGGCGCCUCCUCCCGGCCUCCGGCAGUACCAGGGCCAGUACCACUCCGGCCGGGGCGGCCAGCCCACUGCCCGAGCACCAGUGGGCCGCCCCGCACCCCACCACCACGCGACUCCUCCCCAGUCACGCCUCUAGCCAGCCUGUCGCCACGGAGGUGCCCUCUCCGCCGUCCGUCACAUCCUCCGCCACGCCCAGCAGCACACUCUAUGCUCCCGCGUCCACCACCUCCACUCCCCCCGCCUCCGCCUCCACCCCGAACACCAGCCCUCUGCCCACCGACAUGACCCCUAGCUCCAGUAUUGUGCAGACAUCCAUUAAUGUGCCUGCAUCCUCUGACAGUGCAGAGGUGUCUACCCUGUUCCCAUCCACCACCCAGUCCACAUUCAUGGAUUCUGCUGGUUCCUCCACCUCCAUGACCGACCUCAGCUUCACACUUUCCCUGUCUGGCACGUCCCCCCCCACCACAGGUAAUAUCCCAUCUUUCCCCACUACCCAUAAUACAGGACCAACCUCUAAUAUCAUGUCACCCUGGGCCACUAGUCCUAGUGAGACAUCUUUGUCCCCUAACAUCCAAAGUACAGCAACUCCCUUCCUCUCUACCAGCAUUCCACGUCCAUCUUUAGGUCCUUCUCUCAUGCCUAGCAGCCUUGCCUGGCCCACUCAGGCAGAGAGCAUCAGCUUAGAUGCAAUUAGCAUGUCUAGUUCAAUGCAGGAAAUGGCUGAAACCACUUUGGCACCCAUCACUACUGAUCUAUACCUGUAUCAGUCCAGCGCCUUGGGACUGUCCUCCACUGCAGCUACUACACAAACAGCCAAGACGAGGGACACAGCCCUGCUUGCUUCAUCUGCUUUGAGAACCACAGCUACUCCUGUCAGUACUGUUUCUGUAGAGUCUCUGACAACAGAUAUUACUUCCAUUUCUCCCAUCACAUCCUCAGCCACUCAAACAAGUACGGUCCAUUUUCAGACAUCUCCAGUCUCUACGCCAGUGACCAGUGGUACCUUGACAGCACCCAGUUCGCCUGUAUCAUUUCCAUCUUUCCCAACCAGAGAACCAGUACCCACUGAAACCACAGCCCCCACCCCUCUGUUCACCCUACCCAUGAUCCCUGUCGCCCAGUCCACGUCCACCCCUCCAUCUCCGACGGGGACAUUUACCACAACCAGGACUGAGGUCACCACUCCCACGCAUACGUCUCCCCCUGCCACCCUGAUCACAGCAUCCUCUCGCACUCCCUCAACCCCAGAAGCUGCCAAGACUGGGACCACACAGAUGGCAACAGCACCCGCCUCCAUAACAGCUCUCAGUACUUCAGGCGUCUCUCCCUCUUCAGCUUUCCCUAUACUGAUUACUUCUACUAAUGCAAUAAGUACCCCUUUCGGUACCAUCAUCUCGUCUUCAAUACCUGCAAUAAUGUCGUCUUCCACUAUCCCAAGUUCAGAGGUCUCUAAGACAAGUAGUUCUUUUUCUACCUCCUCUCAUAUGUCCAGUGCAGAAAACACAGGCCCUUCCUCUGUCACUGCUUUUCCCACCUUUUCAUCGACUGAAACGACAAAAACUUCUUCCACCAUGACUUCCCUAAUGACAUCUCCUACCCAGAUGACCGCCAUGCUGACUCUGUCUUCCCCCAGCCCGUGUCCAGAGUCCAUAUCAGUUACAAUAGUGUCUGCCUCUCCCACGACACCAUGUAUCGAAGUGGGUCCAAAUGCUGAAGUUACCUCGAUGCGCACUGUCCCGUUAUCAGUUUUCACCUCUACUACUGAGAUGGUCACCUCUCCCAAUCCCACAACCACGACAACUCUGUUCCCUGAUAAACUGGGCGCUUCUCCUCCCAUGCUGGACACUAACCCCUCCAACAAGACUGCUGCUCCCAGUUCUAUCAACAUUGGAAGAAUUCCCAUCAACACGGUUUUCCCGAGCACACGAAGGCCUAAUAGUGGGACCUGGAUCAACUCCAACUUUGUAAAUACUCGGCCUGUGCCUGGCUUCAUUACCUUCCCACGCAUCGUGAAACGUAGAAGGAGAUCUUCAUCUUCCGUGAUGACUAUACGCAAGUUGACACCUCAAAGCCUACCGAUCACCAGAGUUCCACGGAUACCAUUGCACACCAGGACUCUCUCUACGCAUACAUCUCGCAGGACAACUUUGACCACGACUCAGAUGGCCACACAGUCUAGGUUUAUCAGCAGCCCAGGCAUUUGUGACAAUGGUGGCACCUGGACGCAAGGCCACUGCUUCUGUCCCCGAACUUUCUAUGGCUCCCACUGCGAGUUGGCUGCCAGAGAGAUAUAUCUGGAUAUGGUGGACAGUGAAGUGGGCAUGGAGGUGUCUGUCAACCAGGAGUUUUCCGCGGACCUCAAGGACAACAGUUCUAAGGUCUACAGGGAUUUCGUGAACACAUUCCGGGAUCAGAUAAAGAAGAUUUACCAAAACGUACAGGGAUUCAAGGAGGUGCAGAUCCUUUCUCUGAGGAAUGGCAGCAUCGUGGUGGAAUAUCUAGUCCUGCUGGAGUUACCCUUCAGCCUCCAGCUGGAGGAGGAGUAUGAGAAAGUGAAGGUGGCCUUGAAGGAGGAGCUCCAGAAUGUCAGCCAGGAUGGGAACAGCUGCCAGAAUGACCAGGUCCUGUGUUUCAAGCCUGACUCCAUCAAGGUGAACAACAACACCAGGACAGAGCUGUCUCCUGAAGCCAUCUGUCGCCGCGCUGCUGCCGAAGGUUUUGAGGAUUUCUACUUCCCUUUCCUGGAGAAGAACCAGCUCCGCUGUGUCACCAAAUGCACAGCGGGUGUGGAAGGCGCCAUUGACUGCCAUCAGGGCCAAUGCGUUCUGCAGAGGAGUGGUCCUUCUUGCCGCUGCUUCUCCACGGACACGCACUGGUUCUUGGGCCCGCGCUGCGAGGUGGCCAUCUCCUGGAAGGCGCUGGCCGGGGGCCUGGCGGGAGCCGGGGCCCUGCUUCUGCUGCUGCUGGUAGUGGCGCUGAACGUGUUCGUCGUGCGCUCCCGAGGAGGGAUAGGCAAGGCCGAGGCAGGUGAGUCCAGGGACGAUAGGAAGUUGUUCGAGACCUGGGAUGAGAGUGCAAAACUGGCUUUUUCUAACUUUGCCUUCCAGCAGGACAGAAGAGUUAAAGAUAAAAAUUUCUCUGUGGCCUUGGACACUGUGGACACCAAUGCCAGGGUGCAUAUUCACAGACCUGAGGUGGUCUCGUCCUCACCGUGA